AUGUAUCAACAUACUCCCGAAUCAUUGUUACCUCGAACAGACUCGAAAAAUCCUAGUUCGACAUGUCGAGGCAUAUCAUCAAAUGGAAAACCAUGUCGAAGAGGUCUCUCCAAAUCACCUCAUAGUUCACCGAGUCCGAGUCCUUCAAAAGGAACAUCGAGUCCCGAAGCAUAUUGCUGGCAACAUAAAGAUCAGGCUGGACAAGUAGCUCCACCUACUCAACCUCGACCAAACCCACUUCGUGAGAGGUCCAGCGUAGACACAUUGGUGGAAAGAUUGGGGCUGCUUGACGUUGACCAGAAUAAUAAUAAGGGGAAACAGCGUCAAACAUCAGAAGACCAUCGUGGCAGACGACCCGGCUCAAACGCAGGUUCAAGAGUUGAGCAGCAACGUCUUUCAGAGCAGGGAAACGGUCAACAUCAGCAACAGUCACAAGCACAUCGAUUGCAGGAACAGGGGAGACCCGGUCAUCAUGAAGUUCCACAUUCUGAAAAUGAUGGUCGAGGACGACGCAAGCUAAGAAGCAAUCUAGAAAUGUUAUGCUGUAUCGGCGAACCAGAUGAUUCAAGUGCACCUAGACCUCAACAGAUGACACAUGAUGGACGUGCCUCCUCCCAUGUGCCAUCGACUUCUCGGCCAACAAGUCAUCUCGAUGUACCACAUUCAACAACUCGUCCAGCUUCAACAACUCGUCCAGCUUCAGGACAUCGACCUUCUUCGAGACCUCAGACAUCAUCAUCAAGACAUACGUCUUCCAAGCCGCCCGAAAUGCUUCAACGCCCUACUAUAGAACGGGAUCCAUCAUCACGAACGGGAGAGUUCUUGGCUCAUAUACCCUCAUCAGCAAGCCCUCAGACCACAGCUUCACUACUGGCAGAAUUGGCAAAACCCAUUUCUGAUGCUGAUGUCCCUGGAUUCAUAUAUAUGUUCUGGUUGACUGAUGAAGGAUUACCUACAGGACCUUCCGAUGAAGCUGCUGGCUCCAUUCUAGCGCCGUCAUCAAGAGAUGGGUCAAGCCAUCGACGCACCUCUGAUGUUCUCGGCUCUUUUACUUCUGCGCCACCAGACAAGAAGCAGAAGACGAUGCUUCUCAAAAUUGGUAGAGCCGAUAAUGUUUUCGCGAGAAUGCAACAAUGGAAGAAACAAUGCGGUUACAAUCUUUCACUAAUUCGAUAUUACCCUUACUAUGAUUCGUCCAAACCACCCUCUGGAAAGACUAGCGGAGAUGAGGGUCCUAAGAAAGUGCCAAAUGUGCACAAGGUAGAAAGAUUAAUUCAUCUGGAAUUAAUGGCCAUAAGGGUGAACUGUGGGAAAUGCACAGCAUGUGGAAAAGAACAUCGGGAAUGGUUCGAAGUGGACGCAAAUAGGGAUGGAGUUUCGAUGGUAGAUGAGGUUAUUAAACGUUGGGUAGACUGGGCUGAGACAGAUGAGGCUUCUAGACAUAGAUAG